AUGGGUGAAGAAAUAGGAAUAAAUGGCGAGUUACUUAGUAUGUCGAUUCUUGUUAUAGCCGCGUACUUAAUAGGUUGGGUGUGGUUGAAAGUGACUACCCUACCAGCACUUAUUGGUAUGCUCCUCACGGGAAUACUAUUCCAAAACUUAAAACUGAUAGAAAUGACUGAUAAAUAUCGCCAAUUGAACCAAGAUCUAAGAAAAGUAGCCCUAGUCAUAAUAUUAACAAGAGCUGGGUUGGGCUUGAACGCUGAUGUACUUAAAAAACACUAUCUAGGUGUGCUGCAAAUUGGAUUGCUGCCGUGGCUAGUAGAAUGCAUAGCAAUUAGUGUUACGACGCACUAUUUACUUAACCUACCGUGGAUAUGGGCAUUUCUAUUGGGUUCAAUGAUCGCGUCUGUUUCACCAGCGGUAGUAGUGCCAUGUCUGUUUAGACUACGCGAGGUUGGUUACGGCGUCUCUAAAGGAAUUCCAACACUUCUUUUGGCGGCAGCGGCCAUUGAUGAUUCAGUCAGUGUGGCCAUCUUCGCUAUAAUUCUUAACGCUAUGUUUUCAACCGGCUCAGUCACAUAUAGCAUAAUAAAGGGUCCAUUGUCUAUUAUCAUUGGUGUAGUUCUUGGGUCUUUGUGGGGGGCUCUAUCAGCAUUCAUCCCUGAAAGAGGGGACCUGUAUGUUGUCCCAUUGAGAUUUCUGUCGCUAUUUUUGGGCGGUCUAUUUGCACUUUUCAUAUCGAAUCUAAUUGGAUGGAGCGGCGCAGGUCCUUUGGCCAUAGUGUCCUCAGGAUUUGUCGCCGCCUAUUUCUGGGAGAAGCAAGGCUGGCCAGUCAAUAAUAAUCCAGUUAGCAAUAUUUUCAGGAUACUAUGGAUAUUCUUUGAACCUAUACUUUUCGCUUUCACUGGAGCUCAAGUGACGAUCAGUGCUUUGGACCCUCAAGUCAUAGGAAUGGCUACAGUUUGUCUUAUAUCAUGUUUAUUGAUAAGAUUGGUCGCUACAUUUUUUAUGACUUUUGGUUGCGGUCUCAACAGCAAGGAAAAACUUUUUAUCGGCCUCACUUGGAUGGCGAAGGCGACGGUACAGGCAGCACUAGGUCCUGCUGCAUUAGACUUGGUAAAUAAUGGUAAAACAGCUGGACAGACCCCAGCUGAAGAAGAGACACAUGCGAAGAUAAUAUUAGCUGUUAGCGUUCUAAGCGUCGUAAUUUCCGCUCCUUUAGGCGCUAUAUUAAUUGCAAUUACAGGACCCCGGCUUUUAAGUCGUGAUCCUCCAAUCCAACAAGAAGUACAAGACAAUACAAAGUUAUAA